CGCACUUGGACCUGGUUGGACUCGAAUUCAGUAAUCUGCACGCUGGAAGAUUUUCAUUAAUGAAUGUGAUUGAAGUAAAAGAGUAAUAAAGUUGCGUGACCAUGAAGACUAAUAUCAAAAGACUUUCGAUCACAUCUCUGCUUAAAGCUACCAAGUUGGGGAAAGAAAAACAAAUAAAAACUUCAUUAACAUGCUAUGGAUUGCCAAAAAAUGCAAAGAUAACCACAGAUUAUUUAAUAUUGCAAACAGCUGUAGAACAAAAUUACAGGAAUAUAGUUGAGCUUUUGGUUAAUGCUGGAUGCAGAAUUAAUGGAACUAACAAUGACAGUGGUUUUACACCAUUGGCUUUAGCUAUAAAAAAUAAAAAUGUACAAAUUGCUACUCUUCUUUUGGAAAAUGGAGCAAAUUUUGAGGCAACCCAUGACAAUGGUCUCACUGUUAUCCAUCUAGCUGCAGAGCAGAAAUCAUUAAAUAUGUUGCAACUCUUGCUUCGAUAUAAUGCAGACAUCAACUCUCUUAGAAGUAACAAAACUGUUUUUCAAAUGUUUUUUGAUAGUCUUUCUCCUUACACUCUGUUGGAUAACAAAAACGAUAUUGAAAUAUUCAAAUUAUUUUUCACAAAAAGAGCAUCUAUUGAUGUAGGUCAUCAGUGGAGUGUUUUGCACUUUGUCUCUACAACAAAUUCCAAAGAUAUAAUACAAAGUGUACUUAAAAUAACCAAUAACAUUAAUCAAUGCACAGAUCAAGGAAACACAAGUUUACAUCAUUUACUGCAAAAUGAUUUUUUAGAUGAAGAAGAUAUUGCUGAGAUUGUUCAAUUAUUUAUUGCGAAAGGUGCAAAAAUUGAUAUUGUAAACACCCAAGGAGAUAAUGUUGUCCAUUUGGCAGCAAACAAGAAAUAUUUAAAUAUUUUACAAAUUUUGCUCCAAUGCCAGUGGGAUGUGAAUUGUCGUAACUACAAAGGUGAUACUGUUUUACACAUUAUACUUAAAAAUAGUUCCAGCUAUUGCACAAAUGAUUUGUUUUACAAAGUUGUCACUUCCAUUUUGGAUAUGGAAUGUUUGAAAUUCAUUCAGAAUAAUGAAGGAGAAACUCAAUUACUCCUGGCUAUUUUCAAUAACCACAAACAAAUUGUCAUCGAUAUGUUACAAAAAUCAAGCAUUGAUAUACACAGUAGUAGAUUCAAUAAUUAUACAAUUUUGCAUCUCUAUUUGAAACAUCUAGUUGACAAUAACACUAAACCAGAUAAUAUGGAUGUUAAGGUAGUAAAUAAAUUAAUGCUAAUGGGAGCUCAGUCGGAUGUUCUUAAUGAUGAAAUCAAUAAACUUACUCCAAUCCAUUUCGCAAUGAUGUUAAAAGAUAAAAUUAUACUGCUACUUUUGUUAGACAACUUCAACUUUCAAAAAUUUGAUGCAGAGCACAACAGGUCAAUUCUUCAUUAUUUAUGUUAUAAUUUAGAUUAUGCUUCAGAAACUCAAGAGUUAGAAAUGGUGGAAAUAGCUGAAUUAUGCAUAAAAAAAGGUGCAAAUAUUAACUUCAUAGAUCAGCAAUGCAAUCAUACUCCUCUAUCUAUAGCUGUUUUAAAUAGGCAAAAACACAUGGUAAAAGCAUUGUUAGAAAAUGGAGCAGAAAUCAGUAAUGCUGAAACCAUUUUCCAGAACCUGAUAAAAAGUAUAUUUAUUCAAAUAUCUUAUUGUUCUAGUUUUGAGACAGCACAAUAUAUGACCAGCAUUAUCAAUAUAUCCGAAAAUAUUGCAAGAGAUAUUGAAAUUUUAGAACUACUUGCAUCUAAAGGGUUGAGUUUAGACAACAAAUCUAAUGACGGACUCACGAUUUUCCAUUAUGCUGCAUCAAAAAGAUAUACGGAAAUGUUACAAAAAUUACUUCCCUAUUGCAAAUAUCCAAAUAUAUGCGAUCCAAGUGGGAAUACAGUACUUCAUUUAAUCUUGGAUGCUUACGUAAAUACAGAUAAUGAGGAAGAGGAAAAACUAAUUGAAAUUGUAUUCACAUUGUUGUCAAAAAAAGAGUUAGUGACAUCUGCAAAUAUAAAUGGAGAAACACCAUUACAUUUGGCUGCAAAAAAUAAUCAUUUAGAAAUUGCUAAAAUUCUGCUGCAGCAUGGUGCCAAUCCAACUGCAGUUGAUAUCAAAAGUAAUUCAGUACUUCAUUUUUUGAGUAUGGUUAAUAUUGAUUCAACAACAAAUAUAGAGGCAGAUUUGAUCGCACUGUUUGUUAGUCAUGGCUGCAAUAUCAAUACCAGAAAUAAAGAAGGCAUAACUCCUUUGAUACUUUCUGCACAAUCUGGUUGUACCGUGGUAACUAGAAUAUUGUUGCAGUAUGGUGCACAAAUAGAUUGCACCACAUAUGAUAAUUUAUCUACUCCACUGCACGUGGCAGCAGAAUACAAUCAUUCUGACAUCAUUGAAGAGCUUAUUAAAUUUGGUGUUGAUUUGGAUCUCAGAAGAAGAGAUGGCAGAACAGCAUUACAUCUUUCUGCUUCUCAAAGGCAGUGUACAGUUACAAAAGUAUUACUACAGAAUGGAGCUGAUAUAGAAUUAAAAGAUAACAAUGGAAAAACUGCACUUCAUUUUGCAUGUUGGAACAAUAGUUAUGAAAAUGUAAAUGCACUGUUGAAUUAUGGUGCAGACAUUAAUGCUGGGGAUAAGUUUCAUGUUAUUCCUUUAAUGUUAAUUCCAAAUUUUACAGAUGCAUGGACAAUGCUUUAUUAUCAUAUCAUCAAGCUAAAAGCUGCAAAUAUGUUUCUUUCCAGCCUAACUAAAAAAUACAUAGCAGAGUAUGAGCAGGCCCGUCAAGAUAAUUUUGAUGUAUCUAUUACUAAUGAAUUUUUUGACUCAGCUUUAGCAGAAUUAUCCGAGAUUCAUGAGAUACCAAUUGAUGAAAACUUUGUUUUGUCUGAUUUAUUGUAUAUGACACCAACUGAUUUGAAUUUGUUAAACAUCAGAUAUCAGCAUUGUCUUCAAGAAUUUCUGUUUUUAGACAAAUUUGCAGAAAAAUAUCCUCUCUAUGGAAAUUUGUUAAGAGUUUACUAUGAAAGAAAUUUUGUUAGAAGUAAAUUGUAUACUUUAGCAAAAAAUGCAUUCGAAAAUAUUAUUGGACUAACUUUAGAAGAGCCUUGCUAUGAUAUGAUUUUUGAUUAUUUGAGUAACCAGGAUUUAAGACAUAUGGAUAAAGCUGCUAAAAUAAGGGUUCUUAAGCGUAAAUGUAUCGAGAAAAAGGAAGAUCUGAGUUCAAUAUCAUCAUUGAAAAGAUAUAGAAGAGCUACCUUCUAAAUUACAAUCAUUGCUUUUGUUUUUUGU